UCCAUUUCUAGCUCAUAAAAGCACAGACCAGAGGAACAGCAUCAGGGCUGGAAAACUCUUCAGCACCUGUUUGCAAUCCAUAGGCAGAACGUAAAAUCAGCCUGGAUCCCCGCUUCUCCGAAUCGCAGGGAACAGCCAUCAUGAGUGAGGUCAACAAGAACUCUCUGGAGAAAAUCCUUCCACAGCUGAAAUGCCAUUUCACGUGGAACUUAUUUAAGGAAGAACGUGUCGCAGAUGAUCUAGAAGAUAGAGUGUGUGACCAGAUCGAAUUUUUAAAUCAUGAGUCCAAAGCUACAAUGUACAACCUGUUGGCCUACAUAAAACACCUCAAGGGUCAGAAUGAGGAAGCUCUGAAAUGCUUACGGAGAGCGGAAGAGGCGAUCCAGCAAGAGCACGGGGACCAGGCAGAAAUCCGCAGUCUGGUCACCUGGGGCAACUACGCCUGGGUCUACUACCACCUGGGCAGGCUCUCAGAGGCCCAGGCCUACGUGGACAAGGUCAGCCGAGUGUGCAAGAAGUUUUCAAAUCCGUACAGGAUUGAGUGUCCUGAGCUUGACUGUGAGGAAGGGUGGGCGCUGCUCCAGUGCGGAGCAAAGCGAAGUGAAAGGGUGAAGGUGUAUUUUGAGAAGGCUCUGGAAGAGAAACCCGACAACCCAGAAUUCUCCUCUGGGCUGGCAAUCGCGAUGUACUAUCUGGACGAAGAACCCCCGAAGCAGUUCUGCGCCACUGUCCUGAAGCAGGCCAUUGAGCUCAAUCCUGACAAUCAGUAUAUCAAAGUUCUCUUGGGCCUCCAGUUGCAAAAGACAAAGAAAGAAGCUGAAGGAGAACUAUGGGUGAUAGAGGCCCUGGAGAGAGCUCCUUGCCAAAGAGAUGUUCUUCAAAGUGCGGCCAAAUUUUACCAGGAAAAAGGUGAUCUAGACAAAGCUAUUGAGCUGCUUCAAAAGGCAUUGACAUCCUUGCCAAACAGUCGCUACCUCUGUCACCUGAUUGCACACUGCUAUCAGGCAAAAGUGCAAAAAAUUCAGGACCGAGGGGACUCUGAAGCUCCUAGAAAUGGAGAGAUCGAAGAACUGAGGAAACAGGCUAUGCACUAUUUGAAGAAAGCUGCUAAGAAAGAACCAAAUCCUCUGGCUGCAAAUUCUGAUCUCACUGAGCUGGAAACAGAACAAUGCCAUCAGACACCUUGCAGUAAGGAGCUCUCCGAGGCCAACAGGAAACCACUCCAUCCGCACUACUCCAACUUUCAGGAGCAUAAUGGGAGAUCUGAAGACACUCCUGUCCUACAUCCGUUGAGGACAGAGAAGGAGAAGCUGAAGUACCAGCCACAGAACGGGGCUGAAAAUCAGCUUCCACAGACCGCACAGAAUGAUUGGUAUCUCCAAGGAUUAACUCACAAGCUGAAUGGAGACCUGCUGCAAGCAGCUGGGUGUUUUGAGAAGGAGCUGGGCCUCCUGCUGAGGAACAGCCCUUCAGGCAUAAGCAGCUUUUUCCUGCCAGCAUCGGAGCUUGAAGAAGGCAGUGCAGAAGUGGGCCAGGGUGCAGCAGCUCCAGUCUCAGUGAAACCCCUCCACCCCUGAGCUGACACAGAGGGGAGGCAAAGGCACAGACGGGGAAGCCUGGAAUGGUGGUCACGAGGGGAAGAAGGGUGGGAAGGCAGGAGUUCCCCAAUCUGAGCCUUCUGAGUGAGGUGGCUUUAAGGUACAUUGUUAGAGAGUUGUUUGCUCAUGUCUGUCUCCCUGGUUCCAUACCAGCCAUACUCAGUUGUCUAAUAAUGAAUGACUACUAGAAGCAGUGCUUCAGAUCUGCAAGAUGUGAUUAUCUCAGUUUGCAUACAGUGUACCAGAAAUCCCCCAUUUGCCAAGAGUCAUAGCUGGUACCUGCCUACCAAUAGAAUCUCAUUUUCUUCAUCCCAUUACUAUUUAACCUUCUGGACUUUCUAGAAGACUAGCUUUUGACUAACCCUGCAGUAUUCCUUAUGUAUUGCUCUUGACUUCAGCCACAUAUACAUAUAUAUGUUUGUAUUUUUGAUCGUGAUACUACAGUAAAGAUGUAUUGUUAAUAGUAAUGCUAUAAUAAAUUUCAAAUUUUCC